AUGAUAAAGGAGUUGUUCUCUUCAACAGAAUUAUCCGAGGGCACAGGCGCCGCGGCAGCUGGGGAACCGGCGAAAAGGUUUAGGAAGCGAGACAAAAUGCUCUUCUACGGACGGCGUAUGUUGAGGAAGGUCAAGUCCAUCUCCAACUCAGGCCAGGGUCGGAAGAGGCGAGCUGUUAUGAGGUUCGCGAGGAAAUUACUGCAGCUAAAGAAGGAAAGCGCUCCAGAACAGUUGAAGGUGCUUGAACCACCAGCGGAAUACUUGGAAGAAGAUCUGACGAGCGACGACCGUGUCCCACCUGACGCAUUAUACAUGCUUCACAGCAUCCGAGUGUUUGGCCAUUUUGAGAAGCCAGUGUUUUUAAUGCUGUGCAAACAUACGGAGAUAAUAAAUCUGCCAGCCGGCUCGUUUUUGUUCAAAGUUGGUGAUACAGACGAAAACGUGUAUGUUGUACAAAAUGGGCGCGUGAAUGUGUAUAUAUCAAACCAGGAUGGGAGCAGUCUAUCGUUGAAGAUAGUACGAGCCGGUGAAAGUGUUACUUCGCUUUUGAGUUUCACCGAUGUGUUGACGGGUAAUUCUCAACCAUACAAAACGGUAAACGCCAAAGCACUAGAAGACUCCCAAGUAAUAAAAUUGCCCAUGCGCGCUUUUCAAGAGGUUUUCAAGGAGUAUCCAGAUAUAUUCGUCAGGGUUAUACAGAUAAUCAUGGUGCGCCUGCAACGUGUGACGUUUACAGCUCUUCAUCAGUACCUCGGUCUUAGUGCGGAGUUGGUUAAUCCAGGUCGCGAAAAGCGUCGUCCAAAUACUACAACCGCGUCUCCUAUGAAGACGGUAAAGCCAGUGGACUGUAGUACAGCGACGCAUUCUCCCAGCCACAGCGAAAGACUCGUUACUGAACAUACACAAGAAGGCAGCAUGGCGACCUCAUCUCCCAUUCACAUCCAGGGCCGAAGACCCAGGUCCGAUAUGCCUGAUGUCACCUCUAAUAUACCACAGCAAUCACAGCCCGAUGUCCAACCCACGUCGUCAUUCCAAAGACCUAAAGAGGGAUCAUCGUUUAAGAAGCAUAACACUGAUAACCUUGACGAGCAGGCACUAAUACAAAUAGCAACAGAGGCCUUUAUAAAGGAGCUGGGCUUGGAGAACGAUCAGUUAUUGACCGGGUGCGUACAAGUGAGGGAUCUUCCCGCUGGAACGUAUAUAAUGAAGGAAGAGAGUCAUAAGGAUGUUGCGUUGGUAUACCUACUAUCUGGUGCGUUAUUGGUAUCGCAAAGGGUAGCUGAAGGAGAUGGAGAAGUUCAUAUGUUCACGGCAUAUCCAGGUGAAGUGGAAGGCGGUUUAGCCGUACUGACAGGCGAGCCAAGUUUCUUUUCGAUCCGCGCGAAGCAUUUUUCUCGUAUUGGACUGUUGUCCAAAACCUCAGUGUAUAGCAUUAUGCGCGAGCGACCUUCCGUUGUUCUGCAUAUUGCCAAUACUGUUGUGAAGAGGCUCUCGCCGUUUGUACGACAGGUCGACUUCGCUUUGGAUUGGGUAUUUUUAGAGUCCGGCCGCGCAGUGUAUAGGCAAGACGAAGAAUCUGGUUCGACGUUUAUAGUUUUGAGUGGACGACUCCGGUCGGUCAUAACACAUCCGAAUGGAAAGAAAGAACUGGUUGGGGAAUACGGAAAAGGCGAUUUAGUUGGAAUCGUGGAAAUGGUAACUCAAACGCGUCGUAGUACAACAGUUAUGGCGGUGAGAGAUUCCGAAUUGGCCAAAUUACCGGAAGGGCUCUUCAAUGCGAUCAAGUUGCGGUUUCCGGUGGUUGUCACUAGGCUUAUUAACCUGCUGGGACACAGGAUCUUGGGAUCGUGGCAGAAACCGACGGCGGGUCUAGGUGGCGCGGCGGCGAUCGAAUCCCGACCCUCCCAACAUAACUUCUCAACUGUGGCCGUAGUUCCAGUUAGCGAUGAUGUUCCCUUAACGGCCUUCACUUACGAGCUUUAUCACUCGCUUUGUGCUAUAGGUCCCACGGUCCGUUUGACCUCGGAUGUGAUAAGAAAACUCUUGGGCCUCACAAUAAUGGACCCCAAUAACGAAUAUAGGCUUAGUUCUUGGCUCGCGCAACAAGAGGAUAAACAUAAGGUGGCAUUGUACCAAUGCGAUCCCAGCCUCACCCAGUGGACUCAGAGGUGCAUCCGUCAGGCUGACUGCAUUCUCAUCGUGGCUUUGGGAGACAAGCAACCGAGUAUUGGAAAGAUCGAAAAGGAAAUCGAGCGUCUAGCGAUCCGAACUCAGAAGGAGCUCGUACUGCUGCAUCGUGAGGGCGGGGCCAACCCCACGGGGACGGUCCACUGGCUCAACAUGAGAACGUGGGUCAGUCAGCAUCAUCACGUCAGGUGCCCUCACCGGAUGUUCACACGCAAGAGCCAGUAUAGAAUUAGUGAACUGUACAGCAAAGUGCUGAUGUCAGAAGCGAGCGUCCACUCCGACUUCAGCCGUCUGGCUCGUUGGCUCACGGGCACCUCCGUGGGGCUGGUGCUGGGCGGGGGUGGAGCCCGAGGAGCCGCCCACGUCGGGAUGGUGAGAGCCAUACAGGAAGCCGGUAUCCCGAUCGACAUGGUGGGCGGAGUCAGUAUCGGUGCGUUCAUGGGCGCCCUCUGGUGUAUGGAGAGGAAUAUUACUACUGUUACGCAGAAAGCGAGGGAGUGGUCGCAGAAAAUGACCCAGUGGGGCAAACAGCUGCUGGACCUCACAUACCCAGCGACGUCAAUGUUCUCGGGGCGACAGUUCAACACCACGAUAAAGGCCACCUUUGGCGAAGUACACAUCGAGGAUCUGUGGCUGCCCUAUUUCACAGUAACGACAGAUAUCAGUUCCAGUUGUAUGAGAGUGCAUAGACACGGUUCUCUCUGGCGUUACAUUCGCGCUUCGAUGUCGCUCAGCGGCUACAUGCCCCCUCUCUGCGACCCCGUAGACGGCCACCUCCUUUUGGACGGCGGCUAUGUCAACAACCUCCCAGGUAUUCUAUGGAGGUACUGCCGAGCAUCCAUGAGUAUCGCUGGCAUCUUCCCACCCAUUUGCGAUACCAUGGACGGACACCUGCUAUUAGAUGGAUGCUAUGUUAAUAAUGUACCAGCCGAUGUGAUGCGAUCGUUUGGGGCGAAGCACAUAUUGGCGAUCGAUGUGGGCUCUCAGGACGAUACUGAUUUGACCAAUUAUGGCGAUGACUUGUCUGGCUGGUGGCUGCUUUGGAAAAGAUGGAAUCCAUUCACCAGUCCUGUGAAAGUGCCAAAUCUUCCAGACAUACAAAGCAGAUUGGCUUACGUCUCGUGCAAUCGUCAAUUGGAAGAAGUGAAAAAGUCGGACUACUGCGAGUACAUCCGCCCUCCGAUAGACCAAUACAAGACGUUGCAGUUCGGGUCUUUCGACGAGAUCCGCGAAGUCGGCUACCGACACGGGACUGCGUACUUCGAGGGGCAGAGGAGGGGCGGAGGGGGCGGAGUCAGCGGGGCAGCGGCCGAACGACGCAAGCAUUUAGCCCAGCCCUCGCUUACUGACUACACAUUCACGGACCUUGCUCAAAUGGUCUGUUCGGUGAGAACAGCUCGCGACGGUGACAACGACUCUUCUUCUUCGUCAGACUAUGAGGAGGACCAGAGGCACUUCGAAGGUUACGCUUCGGAGCCCAGUGGUGGGAUAUUAGAGAUGUCGUCAAGCGUGGAAGGGGCAGCUUGGAUCAGCGACACGGAACUGUGCCAUGGAGAAGCACUUCCUGUAACCCUUGACAUUUAUAAGGCAUUUGAUAAGGUUUGGCACGCAAGACUCUUAGGCAAGCUCUCAUUAUUUGGUUUACCCGGUGUUCUCUGCAAAUGGAUUACAUAUUUCUUCAAGGAGCGAUCACUCAUGGUGGUCGUCAGUGGUUGCUCUUCUGAUCAAGUAGCUGUUAAUGCUGGUGUACCACAAGAAUCUCUUCUUUCUCCGAUUCUCUUCCUGAUACAUAUCAACGACACGCUGAAAUCAAGCCUUCGGCUAUGCCGACUAUGUGAACUUCGGCUACGUCCAACAUAUCAAGACCGCCGAGAAAUGAUUUUAAAUCUAAAAGUGAGGCUAUGGGAAGGCCUACGAACGCGGCGUGUGGGAGGCUCGUUGUCGUUGUCUGAAGACGAAAUCGAUUCCGAGGCCGAAAUGUAUGAUCCUUUGAAUAAAAGGGGCGGGGCCAGGUGA